AUGGAUUCCACCGCCUGCCAUGUCAUCUACGUCAAUCGCGCCGUCGCUCGCAAUCGCAUCGUCUCUGCUGUACCCGACAACCAAUCUCGACAAGACGACGACCAAUACCCCGAUCACAUCCGUCGCGACAUUAAACCUCUGCUGGACGCCUUUGGUGAUGUCUACCUUUGCUCUACAGGCGCAGCUUGCCUUCAGCACCUUCUCGCACUCCAAGAAAACGCUGUCUACUCCAUGUCUCCCGCCAUCGUAUUAAUAGACACGCCUCACACGGAGCAAAUAACUCCUUCCCAGAUCCAUUCGCCUACCUGGCCUGCUGCGCCUACCGCAUCCGAAGCCGCCCAGUCCUCCCACAUUGCUGCUUUGGAUAAUGAAAUCUACGGUCUUAGCCUUCUCCAACAAAUCAUCACCGAGUCGCAUUUGCGUUGCAUGGCCAAGCGCGUCGUUCCCGUUCCCGUCAUCUCAUAUCCCGAACCAACCUCCGACCAACCACGCGAGCAAAUGACCGACGGUGCCACCGAUGUACUCGCUCCCGUUCCCCUGAACACUCCCGCCGCCCAUCGUCCGCUCAUUAGAAAGUGCCUCGACCUUGGCGCCGUUGAUGUCAUCAUCAGCCCUCUCAGCUCAAAGUGCAUCACCACGCUCGAAAUUUGCGCUUACAAGGCGCAUCGGGACGCUGCCCGCGAGCAACAGGAACUUCUCGAAAUCACACAUGGCCGCAAGCGCUCUUGGGUCGGUGUCAGCGACCAGGAGCCUUUUGCCUACCUGCGCGAAGCCAUGGUCUCCAACCUCAUGAAGGGAAUCUGCCGCAUGGCCCCCGACGACAAUAUCGCUACCGCUCACGUUUCCGUCCCCGCGCAACGCCAGUCUGAAAUCGCUUCCGCCGUCUCCAAGUGGCACUUUUGUGCUAAUUCAUUUACGGAUGAUGAGUUACUCGUUGGCGCCAUGUUCAUGUUCCAGCACGCUCUCUCCAUGCCUGAACUGGAGCGCUGGCGCCUCCCAGCAGAUAAACUCAUCAAGUUUCUUGUCGCCUGCCGUACCGCUUACAACAGCUUUGUGCCAUACCACAACUUUCGCCAUGUUGUCGAUGUCCUCCAAGCAACAUUUCACUUCCUGGUCAAUGUCGGUGCCUUGGCAAGCUAUCCCGCUCGAGAUCCCACCACGCCUGUUCCAAAAUCCCCAAUCGCUUCGCUUUUGACUCCGUUCGAUGCCUUGACGUUACUCAUUACCGCCAUCGGCCACGAUGUCGGUCACCCUGGUGUCAACAACGGCUUCCUGGCUACUUUGAAUGCUCCGCUUGCACAGCUAUACAAUGAUCGCUCAGUGCUCGAAUCUUUUCACUGCGCCGCUUAUGCUCAGAUUCUCCGCAGAUAUUGGCCUGCCGCCUUUGAGGACAGGGGCAUGCGAGCUCUCAUGAUUAGUUCCAUCUUAGCCACUGACAUGGGACUUCACUUCGACUACAUGAAGAAGCUUGGCGACUUGCAAGAAAAACUACACGACAAUGACGGCUCCGAGGGUUGGAACGGUCGUCAGCUCGAAGAAUACAAGUCCCUGGCUUGCUCGCUCAUUAUCAAGUGCGCCGAUGUCAGCAACGUUGCCAGACAUCAUGAUGCUGCUGUCAAAUGGAUGCACAUACUGGUUGAAGAGUUUUCUCGGCAAGCGUCCAUGGAGAACGAGCUAGGCAUCAAGUCGUCGCUCAUCGCCGAGCCGAAGCGGGAUUUGUUGUCACUAUCCAACGCUCAACUUGGUUUCAUGAAUAUGUUUGCCAUUCCUCUCUUUCAAGGCGUUGCCGACAUUAUGCCCUCUCUCAAAUACGCUGUGGAUGAGCUGGAGAUAAAUAGACAAGUGUUCGAACAGAAGGUGCAUGACGAAAAGUUGAGACUGGCCAACGACGGGCUCGAGCGACGAAAAUUACUACGGGAAGGAACCUUUUCACCAAAAACCAGAAGCUGGAUCGCAGAAGAAGGUGACGAGACUACAGAAGGUGUUAUCGCAACACCGCAGCGGACAGAGGGUUCCGACUCCACAGUGAUUCAUACCUCCGAAACCCAGAUCAGCGAGCAGCACGAGCCAGCAAAGGAACACACUGUUGGUGCAGAGGACGUUGCGCAAGAGAUGCAUGACACUGUGCGCGAUUUCUACAACCCCGCUCAGUCGGAGCACGACGUCUAUAAGCAUUUGAACGGCACCGCAUCAGCCUUUGACGCCGUUCGUGAUUUUGCCGAUAGCGACCCAUUUCACGUACGACCAAUAGACGAGAGCGGUGGUGAUGGCAAAGCGACUCUGUCUACAAGACAGCGCUGCAGCGAGACCACCGAAGGCAGUGUCUCAGGCGCCUUUACGGGUGACUGGGCAUCUCAGGCCACCAGCGCCACGGGAAAGGCCAACUUAUCGCCCAGCACGCAGGGGACAAGCAUCGUUAGCAACGACUCGAUGGACCGCACCCUAGGGCUGCCGUCAUUCAACGUUGAGCCGCCGGUCACGCAGAGCGAGCCUCCACAGAGCAGGGAGGGUCCCAUAGAGCAGGACGCAAGCGAAUCGUUAUCUAAUUCAGGCAGCAUUGGCAAGGCAGAGGGCAAGUCUCUUCGGAAAAAGACUAGCAGAUUCAGGAUGAAGGAUUUCCCCUUUUUUAGAAGAAACAAGGGAUCCAGUCCUUCGAGUCCCCCGUUUCCUGCCGCCGACGCCACAAGCUGA